ACCCCAGCACUUAGUGUGGUGCCUGACUGGUAGUCAGAACUUAACAGACAGUGUCAACACCUUCUUCUCUUCUCAUUGUAGCGGGGUUAUCGCCUGGCUGUUCUCCAGCCCCUCCUUAGCGUCCCCUUCUCAGCUAUUUAAGUUCUUCAUCAAUUAAUCAACUAAUGGCUUCUACCGAGGGCCUGUCGAUCGCAAAACGCUGUAUAUUUGGGAGAGUGCCACAGAAGCGGAAGUUUACAGUCUAAUGGCGCUAGUCUAAACAUUUCUUCCCCCUUCAUCCUCCUCUCAUUUUUUUUUCCCCAUCUGUUUGGCUGCCACUUCUGUCUUUAUCCGUGUUUUUCGAGUGGGUAAGGCCGGGAUCUCCUCGAGGCAAACCAGGCCGUCCUAUGUGUUUUUUCCAAAAGUCACUCGAGCACCCUGUCCAGGGCUCUUCGUCCAACGAGCCUUAGAACCAAACAGUGCUCUCGACGUCAAAUCCCGUGCAGGCGGGAAUCGUGUCUACCAGCUCCAUUAUAGUAAAGUCUCCCAACCGCUCGGGACGGCGUUCUGCCAACGCUCUGAAGAGGAGUCCCGGCCCCGGAUGUCCCCAGGCAGAGAGCUCGGUCGAACCCUCCCUCGUCCUGCUUGCUCCUAGGGCCGGAGAGCGGCGGCGGCGACCCAUCGUCCGUCCCUCGGUCGUCGUCCCCGCCCCGGGAGGCUCCGCCAUGAUCUGGAAGCCCCUCGGCUCCGCGCUGCCGGCCGGGAACUUCUCCGACUGCCCCAACGGGUCCCGCUGGGUGUGGGAUGUGUUCGGGGAGUGUGCCCAGGAUGGCCGGGACAUCGCCAGCGUGGCCCUGGGCCUGGCUUCCAUCGUCUGCUUUGCCGCCGCCUCCUUUCCCCAGUACUUCCAGGCCUGCAAGACGGGCAACAUGGACCAGGCCCUGUCCGUGUGGUUCCUCGUGGGCUGGCUGGGCGGAGACUCCUGCAAUCUCAUUGGCUCCUUCCUCGCCGAUCAGCUGCCACUGCAGACCUACACCGCCGUGUACUACGUGCUGGCCGACCUGCUCAUGAUGUCCCUCUACUUCUAUUACAAGUGCAAGAACCGGGGCUUCUCACGGUCGGCGCCCAUCAACACCGCCUUCCUGUUCAUCUUCUUGGGGAGCGUGUCAGCCACCCCAUUCCUGGGGACCUCCAGUCCUCCGGCCCCGGCAGACACCCCCUUCAGGGGUCGGACGCUCCUGGCCCUCGGGUCUGAGCCGAGCGAUAAGCCCUUCACCCGGAGGGAGAUCAUCGGCUUCGCCGUCGGCUCCAUCUCCAGCAUGCUCUACCUGCUGUCCCGCCUGCCGCAGAUCUACACCAACUUCCAGAGGAGAUCGACCCAGGGCAUCUCCUACUCGCUCUUCGCCCUGGUGAUGCUGGGGAACACCCUCUACGGGCUGAGCGUGCUGCUCAAGAACCCCGAGCCUGGGCAGGCCGAGGGUAACUACAUCCUCCACCACCUGCCCUGGCUGAUCGGCAGCCUGGGCGUGCUGCUGCUGGACACCAUCAUCUCAAUGCAGUUCUUCGCGUACCGGCAGGGCCGGUUGGAGCAGCAUGAGAGAGAACCCCUCCUGGGCAAGGACGCAAGCUGACCGGGAGCCCGGGCUGAGCCCUGGACGACAAGGGAACAGAGAUGGAGAAGGGAAGGCCGGGGGCAGGGAAGGGAUCAGGGCACCCCCGACCCCCUGGCUGGUCCCGUCUUGGUGCCGAGAGUCCCGAGACUCUUCCCCAUCCUCCCGGCUCCGUACCGCAUCUGUGAACGCGCCGCUCCCCGGAGGGAGCCGGGACUGAACCCCCAGAGCCGCUCUCUGACCGUCGGGCCGAAGGCAGCAUCGCGGCCCCUGGAUGAAGCCUCACACCGGGGCUGGUCUCCCUGGGCCACGGCUUCCCUCAGAGCCAGGUCACGCUCACGGGAGAGCAAGCCGGGCCUCGGGCCGGGCCGGAAUGGCCGGUCACCUCAGCCCUCUCCCUAACCCGACUCCUCCGCGACUGGCUCCCGGCGGGCAGAGCCCCUGCACGACCAACCGACUUAUUAUUUUAUCUGCUGCCCAGCCCAGUAAACUCUACUUCCUUGUUA